AUGAUCAAAAGACCCUCUAAAAACGACAACGAGAAUGAGAUAUUGCGAAUGCAGCAGGAGUUUUACGCAGAGCAAAAUCGCGACACUAAUUUCCAACCAGCCGCCAAGGUAGUCCGUGUGCAACGCGAUGGUAACGAAGAAAAGCCGGCCGGCAUAGCUCGACAAUCGGAAUUUGCUAAACGAAGAGCUCUACGGGUUGAAGCUCAAACAGCACCACCGCCAGAGCAGAUGGAAAAAAUCACCCCUGAAGUGCUAAGCGACGAAUGUGAAUCACCUGCAACCGAAGAACCGCCGAGAGAGUCGUUGGUCAUGGGGGAAGUCAUUGAACGACGGCCGGAAAACACGUUUCUCGAAAGCGCAGCCAUGCUGGAUGGCUCAUUUCCGAAAACGAUGCACAUAACGGCGUACCCAUCGCAAGAACAGGCAGAUGUCUCCGGCUCAGGCAAAGGCACUAGGAAAAGUCUCUUCGCGCAAAUGGUUGCAAAGGGAAAGGUACACGGCAAGGCGCCGGAACAAACAAAACAUGAGAGUAAAAUCAGCUUCGAAGAACCGGCAGGCAGCGCUCUGCUCGAAGGAUGGGAUGCCACGGAAAUACACAAUGAAAACAUGCGAAAGCUAAAUCAGAUGUCUGUCGAUGAGAUAUGUAAAGAGCGAGAUAAUCUCUUGAACACGCUCGAUCCGAAGCUUGUCGAAUUUCUCAAAUCCAGAAAGAAGGCAGACACCAAAACGGAAGUGACUAGCCAAAAUCAAUCGGUAAAAAAUGAUCGAUUUCCGUCCACGAGUGCGCUUCGGGUAGGCAUGGACGUGUUGCGUGAGAAAGGAUCCGAGCAGUGGAUCAAUUUCGAUGUAUUGGAACCGGAAAAGCUCGAAUGGACAAAAGACAUCGAGCGUAGCGUAGAAAAGCUGAAACCUGGUGAAACCUACGAAGCUCGGUUCGAUUGGAAGGGAGUUUUGCAACCGUACACGACGGAAACGAUCGCUCAACCGGCAGAUGAUCGCGAACUGUACCUUCACGGAGAGGACGCACAACGUCCCGGGUAUACUCUGCAGGAAUUGUUUCGUUUGGCUCGCUCGAAUGUGUUGCAGCAGCGAAUUUCCGCACUGGCGGCCAUCGCCGGCAUGCUUAACAUCAUGAACCAGGGCUUCUACGAUGGCGUCGUCGAGCUUCCCAUCUCGAAGGUGUUCUUUUUCCUUCGCUUCGCGCUGGACGAAAACACACCCUCGGUCGUGGAGGUGGCCUCACGAGCUCUGGCAAGUCUGUUUUACAACGACACCGAUGAGAUUCUGCUCGACACAAUUUUUGAUUCUGAGUACGGCAUGGUCCAGCCGGAACUGGCUCUCGACAUCACCCACAGCCACGAGGAGGAACAACGCCAGCGAGAAUCACAAAUGCAAGCCGGCUUCGAUGCUAUGAAUCUAGCAGGAUCAUCGACCUCUCGGGCAACGACCCGUCAACCGGCCAAGCCACGAUUCAAGGCUAACCUGCCCGACCCGGACGAUCCAGACGAUGUGCACAAUCGCGAGACGAUGAACGAUUUCCAUCUGGCCGAAACGGACCUCGUCGAGUGUUUGCUCCGGACGAACAUCCUCGAGCGCAUCCGGUACAUUCUGUUCGCGAUGAAACCGGAAGGGGCCACGGUGAUUAACUGCACGAAAAUUUUGAUCCGGUUAGCGCGUACCAGCGAACGAAUCGCGCUUAAAAUCGCCACCAACGAGCCACUGAUCGGGGCGCUGGUGAAAAGCUAUCUAACAUUGAUCGACAGCAGCGUCGAGCAUCAACCGCAACACGUGGUGCUGAAACUGGUGCGUGUUUUAUGCGGGUAUAGGGGGAACUUUUACGAGCAGCAUCUGCACCGCUUCCACGUGGUCAGUCUGGUGAAGCGGUACGUUUUUUCCCGAAAGGAUAUCAAUGUGGAAAUGAUCCAGAUACAGAUCGAAUCGUUUCGUUUCUUCCGCCUUCUGCUGCAAUACAAGCAUGACGACGUGUUGUACAGCGAUCUUUGGCCUGCCCUAUGCUACCUGCUCGAGUGGCACUACCAGCAUCUCAUUUUCGCCGAGGAUGGCCCAUUUAUCAUCCGCCAGCACGCCGUCGCCUUGUUAGCCCUAAUUGGCCACGGGCUGCAACGGGAUGCAACUGCACCGGGUGGUGCAGCGGCGCAGCUCCAGCACCAGCUUUGUGACAAACUUUUCGCCUGCUUCUCCAAAUGGUUCACUGCGGCCCAACGAGAUGGAGCUAACGAGUUCUCCCAAAAGCUGCUCCUGGCCGGUUGCCUUUGGUCCGCGUCUCGGGCACGCUCCAUCGUCGGUGAAGCGGUCUUUCGCACGUUCCUGGAACGAUACGUCGUGACGUUUGUGCGAUGCGAGCGGUUCAAUGAAAUCAUGCGAAUGUUGAGCUCGUCCUCACUCAUCCUGGCGCCCUUCGAAGAUCGCACACCGUACGCCAUCGCUGCCCUACCGACGCUGGGUGCAGUGCAAUUGCGCAAACACGAAACCGUGCCAACGCUAAUCGUGACCAGAUCAUAUCCCGUGUUCCUGCUACAAGCGCUGCUGCACCUGCUGCUCGUCGAGCUGCAAUCAUCGCCCGGCUGUCCGGUUGUAAUGGUGCUGAAAAAUGAGCUUUUCGGAGGCACCCCACAUCGGCGCUAUCUGGAGGCGCUUUGUGCGCGAGCGAAAAACCCCGGAAAUGUGAGCUGUCUGGGUGGGAAUUGGUUUACACAGACCAUCGAACAGCGGUACCUUCUCGCGGUGCUGCAGCUGCUGGGGCUUGUGGCGGGAGUGGGAAAGAACCGCUGUAAGCAAACCACCGGCGAACCGGUGAAGGAGCUUCCCAGCGAUCCGGACGCUGACGGGGCAAGAACGAUGGCGCUUAAACUGGCCAUCACCAUGACGUUCUCGAUUAGUGAAGCGUUUUACCGCGUGCUGUUGCAGCUGUUUGACGAUAUCAUUUUUGUGGCCGGUUACUACGGAACCGCUGGUUCGGAGCUGGCCGUAACCGAGGCGGAUCUGCAGCGUUGGAAGCUGAACUACAAACUACUCGCGCAAAGGGCCAUCAAAAACGAGGUCAACUUGGAUUCAACCUUCCCGUCGUUGUGUGGUUUUACGGUGACAGAAUGGAAAGCACCUCUGCUAGGACGCAGCUGGCCUUACAGCCCGCUUUACCUGCUGGUGGACAAGCUGGAGAAGGGUUCACCGAAGCUGGAACUACUGAACGAGUCUGCCAUCAUCAGCACCGGUUUGCGGUUCUCGGAGCUCGUCGAAGCCAGUGGCGUCACGGUCGCUAGUGCCACCGAGCGGGUCAUGUACUUGAUGGCCGCUUUUCUCGGUCCCGACUCGAAGUUCCUAGAGCCGGAUCUGUCAGGGUUGAUAGAACGACGUAUCGCCCACGAGCGGAACCUCGCAAGAACGACCCAGACGGUAGUGCGUGACGUUGGGUUUGAUUUCGAGACGACGAAAAUCGAAGGCCGGAAAAGCUACUACGGGUUGUACCAGCUGGCGUUGGAUGUUUUCCAGAGCUCGAGCUACGGCCACAGUGGGUUCGGAAGCCUGUUGAUGGUGCCGCUGGCACAAAAGUACGACGUCCGCUGGCGGAACAUGGUCUGGUCGGAGUACGUGGCCGUGCUGCGGUUCAUCACAUGCAGUGAAGCUGAGCUCUUUGCUGAUCUGAAUGAGUACCUGGAACCCGCAGAAAGCGACACCCUGUUGCUUCGAUCGUAUGGACAGGCGUUGAACUCGAACCUACUUCGACCCGGGUCGAUACCGCAUCGGGUGGCCGCCCACCACCUUCAGGCGCAUCGUUCGAAGACAAACGUCCUGCCGCGGCCCGGAGAGAAGUCGGCGAAGGACGACGUGGUAGAAUAGCGACAAGCUCCUGUCGAUGGAAGGUGGCUAAACGGAAGCAAACAGCGAAAGUAUC